AUGGCGUUGCCUUAUCGCCGUCCCUCUCGCCAGGGCUCCCGCCAGGCUUCCCUGGACCCUCGAAAUGAGCUAGCAGUGCAUCUAGAUCAUUUCAUUGGCAUCGACGUGGGGACAGGAAGUGCUCGAGCUUGUAUCAUCGAUGCGAAGGGCGACAUCGUGGGACUAGCCUCAGAGAAUAUCGGACUUUGGCAGCCAGAGCACGGCUACUAUGAACAAUCUACCACGGACAUCUGGCGUUGUAUCUGCACAGCCGUGCAACGGGCUAUUAGCCAGCACAAUAUCAACCCAGAGACAGUCCGGGGUAUUGGCUUCGAUGCCACCUGCUCUUUGUCCGUGUUCAACAAUGAGACCGGCGAACCCAUCUCGGUGACAGGGCCGAACUUCGACUCGGAGCGUAAUGUGAUCCUAUGGCUGGACCACCGUCCGGUGGAUGAGGCAGCCAAGAUUAAUGCGACAAACCAUAAUCUACUUCGCUAUGUGGGAGGCACGAUGUCCGUUGAGAUGGAGAUUCCGAAAGUCCUCUGGUUGAAGAAUAACAUGCCCAAGGAGCUGUUUGACAAAUGUAAAUUCUUCGACUUGGCAGACGCACUUACCCACAUAGCGACUGGUAACGAGAAGCGCAGCUUCUGCAGCGUGGUCUGCAAGCAGGGAUAUGUCCCUGUUGGAGUUGACGGGAGUGUGAAGGGGUGGCAGGAAGAUUUUCUAAACGAUAUUGGUCUGGGUGAUCUGACGACAGAUAAUUUCAAGCGAAUGGGCGGCGUUGACGGGGUGAAUGGUGACUACUUGAGUGCUGGUGAACUUGUCGGGCACCUGUGUGAAAAGGCUGCUACAGAACUAGGCUUACCCGCUGGAAUUGCCAUCGGCAGUGGUGUAAUCGACGCGUAUGCUGGCUGGAUCGGUACCGUUGGUGCUAAAGUCAACCUGGGCCCCGAUCAGCUGAAUGAAGAGGUCGCCAAAAAUGAUAUGGCACAGGCUUUCUCUCGUCUUGCAGCAGUGGCCGGUACAUCAACUUGCCAUCUGGCCAUGUCCCCGGAUCCUGUCUUCGUCGAUGGCGUUUGGGGUCCUUAUAGGGAUACCAUCCUUCCGGGAUUUUGGAUGGCUGAGGGUGGACAGUCUGCCACGGGAGAAUUGCUUAAGCAUGUCAUCGAAACACACCCGGCCUUCAACCAAGCCACCUCGAUCGCCGAGUCUUAUCAUGCCAAUAUCUACGAGUACUUGAAUGAGCACCUUAAGGAAAUGGUGCAAGACCAACAAGCUCCAUCUGUGUCUUACCUAGGUCGCCAUUUCUUCUUCUAUGGCGAUCUUUGGGGUAAUCGGUCCCCCAUCGCCGAUCCUAAUAUGACAGGGUCUAUCUUUGGGUUGACGAGCGAUAAGACUGUUGACGGCCUUGCCAUUUACUACUAUGCUACAUUGGAGUUCAUUGCUCUCCAGACUAAGCAGAUCGUGGACACAAUGAAUAAAGCUGGUCACAGCAUUACUUCAAUCUUUAUGUCGGGCUCGCAAUGCCAGAACGACAUAUUGGUCAACCUGAUCGCAUCAGCUUGUGACAUGCCGGUGGUGAUUCCUCGAUAUAUCCAUGCGGCUGUGUGUCACGGUGCUGCCAUGCUAGGCGCAAAGGCUGCCAGUACCGAUCAUGAUGGAAAGACGGAAAGCUUGUGGGUUAUAAUGGACCGCAUGAGCAAGCCUGGCAAGAAGGUGAUGCCCACUGUGGACAAAAAAGAGAAGGCUCUGCUGCAGGCCAAGUACCAGGUAUUCCUCGAACAGUGCUUCAAGCAGCAGAAGUAUCGCCAGAUGGUCGACGACGCCGUGGGUGAUUGGCAGGCCUAA